AUGGUUUCUUCAAAUUCAAUUGAUCAAUCAUCGGACGAAUAUUGUAACUAUGAUGUAAAAUGUGAAAGAGUACCUAUGAAUUAUUGUCAAGGAUGCGGACAAAAAUAUUGUAUAGAUCAUUGUUUGGACCAUCAAAGCAAACUUCAAGAAGAUUUUGAACAUGUUAUACAUACUAAAGAAUUAUUGUGGGAAAAAUUUAAGUCAUUAAUAUCACAAUCAUCACCAGAUGUUAAAUUAGAUUUUAUAAAGCAAAUUUAUGAAUUUAAAAUGAAAUCGGACGAAUUUGAAGAAACAGCAAAUAUAAUACAAGAACAGUUACAAGAUCUUAUUAAUGAAGAUAAACAAGAUUUGAAAAAGAAAUCGAUUACGAUGAGAAAUGGAUUAAAGUCUGAAAAAAAUAAUUAUUUAGAAAAUGAUAUUGAACAUUUAAGAAAAGAUAUUGAGAAAUUACAAGUAAAAUUUGAUGAAAUAAAUAAUGAUUAUCAAAAACGAGCAUCACAAGAACAAUCACAUAUUAUCGAUAUUAAUGUUCCAUCGAACAAUCAAUCUGAAAUGAUGAAAUCACCACCAUUGAAUCCUGUAUCAUCGAAAAAAGAAUGUCAUUGCCAAUAUGUUGUUGGUACUUUAAUAAAGAAUAUGUCACAAAAAUCAGAUGACAUUUCAACACUGUCUCAUCUACUCUUCAAACAGAUAAGUCCCACUAUCUUAGAUCUAAAUGAAAAUGAUUCUGUUCUAACUGAACCACAAAACGAAACGAAUCUAGAUGAAGAUGAAGAAGAAACGAUAAUAAUUAUUGGUCCUAAUACAACACCAAAAACUAGUCAAAAGAUACGUCUAUCCAAUAAUAUUAUUCGGUUGGUACAAGGUCCCAUUAAAACAAUGCUUGAUGAUAUAAUGCAUGCGAUCAAUAUGCGUGCACAAGAUAUACAUACCGGUGAUGUUAUCGUAGAAGCUGUAAAGCGAGAUUUAGCCGAACAAGAUCAAAUUGCAAUGAAACAACAAACUACUAAAAAUUCACUUAAGCCAGCAUUUAGUGAAAUUACAUCAGAUUGGAAGUUCGAAGGCGAAAAUCCUGAUAAAGGUUUUAGUAGCCCAUCCUUCUGGAUGCGUAAUCCUCAAGGUCAACGAAUCAUGGUCAAAAUAGAAGAUCAUCCAUUGUGUGCUGCUAAUGAAUGGCUAGCCUAUAUUUUAGGAAGGCAACUUGGUUUACCUGUUAAUGAGGUACAAAUUGCAAUUUAUCAAAAUGAACUAGUAACUUUACAUACUGAUGUUGCUCAUGAAAAUGAGAAAAGUAUUACAUUUAUGGACUUACCAAAAAAAAAAAGAAAAUUACUAUUAACUGAACCAAUAAUAGAAUGUAUGGAUCUAUUCGAUCGUAUAAUACAGAAUGUAGAUCGUAAUCAACGAAAUAUUGUAAUUACAAUACCGAAUACAACUAAUAUUAAUGAUGAUACUGUAAAAUUGAAAGUAUAUCUAAUUGAUCAUGGUGCCUGCUUUGGCAUGGAUAAACUUAAUGCCAUCAGUAUUAUAGCCUCUAAGUUCCAUUAUAAACAUCUUUCCGUCAUUAAAUUUGAUCCAAUAGAUCAAGCAAGAAAAUUCGAACAAUAUCUCAACAAGCUGCCGAUAGCAGAUCGUCCUCUAAUAAGUGAAACAUUGAAUCGUUUUGCAGCAAUUUCUGAUGAUCAAUUUUAUAGCUGGAUGACUGAAGUACAAAAUCUACUAUCAUCUAGUCAAUAUAGCCGCAUAUAUGAUGUCUUACGUCGAGAACGAGAUAUUGCAAAACGCUAUACGAUACAGUGGGGUAUUAAUUACAGAUCUUCAAGUGUUGAAUCAAACGAAACAAUAGUUUUUUUCUAA